CUGUCUCGAUUCCUUUCUCUCUUCGUUUGCUUCAUUCUUUGGUGUUUUGUAUAGUGUGCCAGGAAAGUAGUGGUACUGUCUACAGCUAACAAAUCGAACAUGUUCUCCUCAUCGGGGUUCUCCCUGGUAUCUGCGUUCUCAGACGAUGGUCAACGUCUCACCCGCUCGCAGAAGAUACAUCGGGAGAAUGAACGAACAAACUUGCUCACGAUCACAAGGCUCGUUCUACGGGCUUUUUUGGAGAACACAAUGGCAGACAACAACAGAAUACUGGAAUGUGACACACAACAAAUUAGCGAUUUGUUGAUGAUGCUGGAAAAAGUUCUUUGGCAUGGUUUCAAAGCUCCAGGACAGAAAGCACUGAUUGUGCUCAGAAGUCCGGAUGCGGAAAUGUGGGCGGCAAUCAAUCGGAUAGCACGAGCAGAUCCUGCGAUGUUGGAGACGGUAACGUGUGUCGAUCAAAUCGAAUCAUUACUAACACCAAUUUCUCGUCUGCGCGCUUUUCUUCGGUUAGCUAUGAUGCAGAAGAAGCUUUUCGAUUUUUUCAAUGUCAUUGCGAACUCUUCGCAGUUGAGCACUUUUUAUGAAUCCUGGGCUCUUUUGCGGCAAGAAGAGAUAGUACAGCUUACCGGGGCAUUGCUUGGAUUGUCAGUUGUCGACUGCAAUCUAGUGUUAGAGCACGAUCAUCUGCAGGAUCAACCGCUAAGCGUCGAUCUAUCCCUGUACAUACGCAUUCCAACUGUCCCAACCGAGGGAGCUGAUGAUGUCACGGCAAAUGGAACCUCUACUAGCAAUAAAGAUAAGAAAUUAUUACUCGAUCAAAACAACUACUUAGAAGAAAGAAACAGACAAUUACAGUGUAAUGUCGAAAACCUCAAGAAAAGAAUAAAUGUAUUGGAAAGUGACAAAGAAGCAGCAGCCGUGACUGUGGAGAAAGAGCUGGUUUCUUUCAAAAAUAUCGAAAAUGCUGCAAAUGAGCAUGCACAAAGCAGCAAGGAAAAGGAGUGGGAGGAAGAACGAGAGCGAUUACUUGGACAAAUUGUAGAAAGGGAGGACUCGCUUCGAAUUGUGCAGCAACAGUUGGUCGACGUCAAGAAAAUCAACACUGAUCUUUACGACAAGCUGAAAUUGUCGGAUGAGAGAUGUCGGCGUCUGGAAAGAGAUGUGGGAAGAGUCAGGGAACAGUACGUGCAGGACACUGAAUCUUUGAAGAAAACCAUUUCUAAUUUGGAGGUGUCAAAUGCCGUACUACAAGAGAAUGCACAGAAAAGACAUGAGAAUGAGGAGACAGUUCGUGCAGAACUAGAAAAGAAGUAUGGUCAAAAUGCCGAACUUGUUGGUACUCUACAGGAAAAGCAAAACGCAUUAGCAGAAGCUGAAAGCGAGAUUGUCGUACUACGUCAAAAAGUGAACUCUCAGGAAAAAGAACUCAAGGAGAUGCCGUUUUUGAAGGAGGAACUUAGAGAACUUCAGGAGAAAUACGACUCUGUUUCGGAACGGGCUGAUCAAUCCGAACGUGCUUUGGAAGAGCUUGGAGGACACUUGGGCGAGUCUAAGCUGAGAAUGCUUGAAUUGGCCGAGGAAUUGUUGCCGCUUUCUGAUGCGCAAUGGGCGAAGGAUUCCGACGUUACGCAGUGUACAGCAUGUUCUGAUAAAUUUACCUUAUCGAAACGAAAACAUCAUUGCCGGAUGUGUGGGUCAAUCUUCUGUGACGCCUGUAGCGUGGCACGAAUAAAGUUACCAUCCAAUUCGAAACCUGCGAGACUCUGGAUCUCCGUGAUUGGUGAUCUGUUUAUCCGUGAUGGGACUGCAGAAUCCCUUGCCUUCGGUGAUGAUGAUCAUAUGACCGUUGGUGUUUAUAUUGUGUGUUCCCCUACCAACGUCUUGCAGCAUCGGAACGACGAGGUCAGCCUGAACAACAUCGCGAAAAGACUGAACCUAGCACGUUCGUUGGUCCAAGCUAUAGUGGAAGAUGAAUUGGGACCUCAGAGCUACCGAAUGCUCAUUGGACAUGAAGACCAACGCAGCAAAAGCGAUUCGUCUGGAAUAAUAAAAGUACGUCCUUUUCUGGAAAAGAUGUCAUCCACAAAUGAUAUUUUAGCAAGACUGGGCACCGGCGCAUCCAGCGAUUUCGACAUUAAGGCAUCCUCAGCUGACCCAGAUGAAUACCUGCCCAAGGAUGUUCGGCCGUCCAACGGUCUUGAUUUGAACCCGUUGGACUGUGGAGUGUGCUAG